CGAUUACCGUACUCGUCAAGGAUACGAAGUAUAUAUAAUAAUCCCUCUCGAUGCAAUAACAGACACUGGAUUAAUUACUCCUAAUUUACAUCUUUAAUAAUGAUGCGAAAAUUUGGGCUUUUCAAGCCUUCAGGGAUUCUUUCACGCAUUACACCAAUUCGACGUCCAUUGAGUGCAAGAAGUUUCCGAACUAGAGUUCUUACAAACUACAGUCAUGAUUCUUCACAAGAGGUUAAUAUUGAGCCGCCUCCACCUCCUCAACCAAGCCCUCCAGUUCAAUCCAAUGUGGCUGCACUGACUAUAUUUACCGUGGUCGCCGUCAGUACCAUAUAUACCACUUCGGCCAUAUACGAGAAUCUGAAUCUCCAAAAAGAGACACCGAAAAUCAUGGAUCUGUUGAUCCGAAACGAGGAAAACACGUACGAUGUAAGACGCAAAAUGCACGAGAUGAAUUAUCCUCCAGGAAUACUAUAUGCUCCGACCCCAUGGCCACCCACCCACCAACUUUCCAGUCCACAGGGACGCGAAAAAUUCUGGAAUCGAUUAAUGCCCUCGGAAAAAUUCACAUAUACCAUCAUGGCGACGAAUAUAGGAAUCCAUGCUCUGGGUAGUCUGGCUCCAGGAUUAUGGUCCAACAUUUUCAUGCAUACACCCGGCAUGAAUAGAAAUUUCACACUGCUCACCUGUGUAUUUGGUCAUGGAGGACUUGCGCAUUUAGGUAUGAAUAUGUAUGGAUUCCAUUCUUUCAUGCCGGCCUUGGGACAAGAUCCCUCUUUCAAAUCGAGUAUUCCUCACAUGACGGCUUUCUAUCUCUCAACGGGUGUUGUGGGUAGUUGGGCACAAGCUUUAAGUGCGGGACUUCGACCGAAUGUCGCGCCGGUGCCGUUUUUGGGAGCGAGCGGUGCGAUAUUUGCUUUGAUUGGUGCGUUUGCUAUGCAACACCCAGAAGCUCAGUUUCAGAUUCUGUUUAUCCCGUAUCCGUUUGCGGCGCAGGAGUUGUUGGGUGCAGUUAUGUUGUUUGAUUUACUGGGUGUUUGUGGUGCUUAUAAAACUCUUAGAUUGGGACACGCGGCGCAUUUGAGUGGUGCUCUGAUGGGUUUGGGAUAUGUGUAUUUUGAUUGCGAGAGGAAUAUUUGGAGACCUCUUUGUAGAGGUGUUUAUAAAUGGUUUGGAAUGAGAAAGUGGGAGAAGAGGGUUUAGCGGUACUUCGAAGAUGAGUGGGACAGGGUAGCCUAAUAUGGCUCCUAUUACCAGAGGCAAUGUAGAAGAAUCAUGAGUAGAGAUUAGAUUUUCACCACUCAUAGUUGGCCAUUACUUGCGUCGGCGUUUAGGUAUUGAUGUUCCCCUCAUAUAGUUAAUAAACGAUUUGUUAGUAGAAAAAGGCUUGACUCCCA